AUGGGUGGGAUGGAGGAUUACAAGGCGGUGGUGGCUAUGAUCGGAAUGCAAAGCAUCUAUGCAGGGCUUGCUCUAUUCACUAGAGUUGCUUUGGUACAAGGAACGAGCCCUAGGGUGUUUGUGGUGUACAGGCAAGCUAUAGGCAGUUUGCUCCUGGCUCCUUUUGCUUGCUUCGCCAAAUGGUAA